CCAUUGACCAGGCAGAUGUGCUUCCAUCAGAGUUCCUUCCAACCUGCCCAGUUCCUACUGCUGGUGGGGUUUCUGGUGGCAAGCGUCUUCCUUCUGGUCCAGUGCCUUCAACGGCAUUGUCCUCGCUGGAUGCUGUGGGCCUUCUGGAAGCCGGAUAGCCAAGAGGAGACAGUGGCUGACCCUCUGCCCCCACCAGAAAAUGAAUCCUCAAGGCCGUGCCCACCAGUCACCCUGUCGGAGAUGGCUGCCUUCUACCAGGAACUGCACACGCCCACCAAGGGCCACACCAUCAUCCGGCAGCUGAUGCACAAGCUAUUGGUAUUUUCAUCUCGAGAGGUGGAUCACCGUGGCGGCUGCCUGAUACUCAAGGACACGGGCAUCUCUCUGCUCAUCCCACCAGGUGCUGUGGCUGUGGGCCGCCAGGAGCGGGUGUCACUGAUACUGGUGUGGGACCUGUCAGAUGCUCCAUCAUUGUCCCAAGCCCAGGCGCUAGUGAGCCCUGUGGUGGCAUGUGGACCCCAUGGGGCCUCCUUCCUGAAGCCCUGCACUCUCACCUUCAAGCACUGUGCGCAGCAGCCCAGCCACGCCCGCACCUACAGCAGCAACACGAACCUGCUUGAUACCAAGGCCUGGAAGCCCCUUGGGCAGUCAGGGGUCCACACCUCCCUGGAUGAGUGUCGCAUCAACCUGUCCCACUUCAGCCUCUACACCUGUGUGCUGGAGGCACCGGCAGGCCGUGAAGCUCGGAAGUGGCUGCAGCUGGCGGUGUUCUGCUCACCGCUGGCACCGGGGCAGACCCACGUGCAGCUGCGUGUCUACUUCCUCAACAACACGCCCUGUGCCCUGCAGUGGGCCCUGACCAAUGAGCAGCCCCACGGCGGGCGCCUGCGUGGGCCGUGCCAGCUCUUCGACUUCACUGGGGCCCGAGGGGACCAGUAUCUAAAGCUCAAGUACAUCUCCGAGGGUUGGGAGAAUGUGGAUGACAGCAGUUGCCAGCUGGUUCCCCAUCUUCACAUCUGGCAUGGAAAGUGCCCUUUCCGCUCAUUCUGCUUCCGGAGAAAAGCAGCCAAUGAGAACGAGGACUGCUCAGCGCUAACCAAUGAGAUCAUCGUCACCAUGCACACCUUCCAAGAUGGCUUAGAGACCAAGUACAUGGAAAUCCUCAGAUUCCAGGCAUCAGAGGAGGAAUCCUGGGCAGUGCCACCCGCUGUCUCCCAGCCACCCGCAUGCAAUAGGUUGCCUCCCGAGCUCUUUGAGCAGCUGCAGAUGUUGUUGGAGCCGAACAGCAUCACCGGCAAUGACUGGCGGAGACUGGCCACCCACCUGGGGCUCUGUGGCAUGAAGAUCCGGUUCCUGUCCUGCCAACGCAGCCCCGCGGCAGCCAUCCUGGAGCUGUUUGAGGAGCAGAACGGGAGCCUGCAGGAGCUGCACUACCUCAUGACCCUCAUGGAGCGGCUGGACUGCGCCUCGGUCAUCCAGAACUACCUGAACCGGACGCGCGGCGGUAGCCCAGCCCCCGUGCGCGGGGGCGCCUGGGAGAACCAGGGCCUGGAGCUGGAGCAGGAGCUAGAGCAGGAGCUGGAUGAGAAGCUCUGA